GUGAACACUUCCCCAGCAGGUAAACUCCACCAUGGCGGCGAGAGGCCAUGUGCAGGAUCCCAACGACCGGAGACUCAGACCGAUAUACGGUACGACUCAAUGGAGAGUGCUGUUUUUAAGCUUGUUUGGAGGUUUGGUCAACAUUAUCGUGCUCUUAGUGGGUGUGUGUGUAUAAAGUGGUUAAUGUUGGGGGUCGGGGGCAGCGGUGCGGCCCCGGCAGUUCCAUCCACGGUCUCUGCUGCCCGCAGCGCCCGAUGACAGUGCACCUUCCCCGGGCUGGGACUCGACAACCAGGGGGUGUCUGUGUGAAGCAGAGGGGGUUUAAACCUUGGCGCAGUCUUGGUGGUGCUGGAGCAGUGAAUGACUCGGACUUUGUUGUAGUCUGGUUCGGCUGGGUCUCAAAGGCGGAUAACCGCUAACGGUCGAUAUUUGACAGCUAGCUAGCAUGCUAAUGUGUCAGCUAGCAUGUCAGUCAAUGGGCAUGCUGUGAGUGUGUGUGUUUGAUUUAUGGUUGUUUUUCUGCCUCAGGUCGAUAGGUAUUUCUGUUGUGGUGUCUGAGGCUGGUUUAAACCUGAAAGUGUUUUUUAUUUAGCUGAGUGUUAGGACGGUCAGCUCCAUCAGCUAGCAUCAUGUUGAUAACAGACUGAGAGGACAAUGCUUGAGGCUAACUGAGAGGCUGCUAACCAACACGGUUAUGGAGCUGUCAGAGCUUUAAAAGACUGCAGUGAAAUAACUGCAAUAAUGUUCACUCUCUGUCUGUAACACAGGUCUGUAUGUGAAAGAGUUAGUGCAGAGUUAGCUGCUGCUGCUCUGUUUGUAUGAUCGGACCGAGUUUAACACAUUCAUACACCGUGUUUUACACUCUUUAUAAGUGAGGAUCAACACUUAAUGAGAGACAAUUACAGAGGCAGUUAAAAGACUGACAACACAAGCAAGACAAAUGAGGGAUUAAAGAUUUUAAAACCACUAAAAUAUCCUGACAAGAGACAAUCAAAAGGUAAACAAAUGUCCAAAUGAUCUGUAAUUGUUUGACAAGUUUAUAGAGGGUCAUUAAAUGAGUUAAAACAGUUUCAAAUACAGAUCUUAAGGUUGUUAGAUGAACAUUUAUUGACUUUGAACUGAUUUGGUUUCCUGUUUCUCAUGUCAGGUGCAUCAUGAAUCUAACAAACCCUUUUUCAGACUGAGAUAAACAUGAUAGUUACUGAUUAAAAGUGUCUCAGGGGAUAAACAGUGAAGAGUAGUAAGAGCGGACACAGCAGUAUCUUCAAAGGGAUAUUCCGGCGUAAAAUUAAUUUGAGGCAAACACACCAUAACACUGAGUUAGACACCUCCUCAAAAGAUGAAUGACGCAGCUCAAGGAGGAACAUUUAUGAUCUUUUCUUAAUGGAAAUGCAAUCAGACUGAAACGCUAAGGCAGAAGAACUACCACGUCUGCAGUGCAAAAUGAUUAAUAUUAUGGUUAUUACUUCAAGGAAAUGAUAAAGAAAUAAUCAUAAAUAAUAAUAAUAAUAAUAAUAAUAAUAAUAAUAAUAAUAAUGCAUCAGAUUUCUUCCUUGAGCUGUGUCACCCCGAUGUAGUCCAUAACGGACUGGUCUGAGGUCUUACUACAAACAAGCCACUGCUGGAAGAGAGUAGGUGAGUUGUGUUUAGUCUCUUUGCUAAAGAAAUUAGUCAAAGUUAAAAAGAUGUUUGGUGGCUAGUGCUAUGGCUGGGACCUUAUAUGUCCUGUUGAUGAAGUUAGGUGCUGUUCUGAGCAUUAUUUGUGGCUAUAGAGUGGUGUUUUUGGUUAAGCCCGUGGCUCUUUGUAUUGCUGUCUGCGGUCUUUACUAAAGUUGGUAUAACUAGAGAAGCAAGCGGUUGGCAACAUUCGUCUCUCAAGGGGGCGUCUAACCCGGUGUCUAGCGUAAAUUAUUUUUACACUGGGAUAUCCCCCAGUACUCUGUGACAUAAAAGAAACAAAGGUAUACAGUAUUUAAUGAUCAAACUAGGCACUAAGUAGGGAAAUAAUGCCAUGUACGAUCACACUGUUUAUUAAGGCUGUGAGAAUAUGAAGUGUGAUCAUACAAACUAAUGUAAAGGAUAUGUAUUAUCUUAAACCCUUGAAGAUCUGGAGCAGUUUUAGGGCUCCCCAACUCUUCUGCAUUUAGUUUGUAUUUUAAAACCUUUUAUAGUAGUCACUAUCUAGUGUUAUAUUUUCUUAUUAUUAUUAUUAUCAGAAAGAAUCUCAAGUUUUAUUGUAGCUCAUUUAAAAAUCCAUUUUACAUUGGCUUGGUGCCAGAGAGGAGUGGAUUAAAUUUUCUAAACUUUCAACUUUUUUAUCUGAGAUGCAACCUCAGGAGGUUUGAUGAUUUUAAUUCAAAAAGUUAUGAUUUCAUGUUUCAGACUUAUUUUGUUUAUCUUUUCUCAGCAAUUAAAAGCCAUUUACUAUAAUAUGAAUUCACUCACAGUCCUCGUGUGCAUUUGUUGUUUUUUUUAUCUUUACAGUACAUAAAAAAUCACUUUUUUCACUGUUAAAUCAGCGAGUUUUGUGAAGGGAGCUGAUAUCUUGCUCAGUUUUAUCUGGCUGCUUUAUGAAAGUUUAAAAGCAUGAAGACUGCACAUGAAAAUGAUCAUAGUUGUUGUGAUCUAUUAAUUAAAGCUUUUGUCAUUUGUGGUUUAUAUCACAGUCCUGGUCUGAACGGUGAAUGAGUCCUGGGAGGUGUGAUGAUAGUUCCUCUCCUGUCAGAGCUUCAUGAAUCUAAAGAUGCUGAUACAUAUCACGUCUUAACGUACAUUUGUUUUAGUGAACACAGAAGUGAGUAAUGUAGAUGUCAUCUGUGAUACAUCUCCGAGUGGCAGAUGGAGUCGAGGCAUUUCAGGGUUGUGGAACUUCUCAUGAAAUCUGCUCAACAUCAGAGAGAUGAAUCAGUUUCUCUAAAAAGAUGUUUGGUAUGAAAGUUGCGUGUUUAUUUCUCAAUCAUUCAGAUGCCUUUCUGAAUCCUCUCCUGUCACUAUAUUUUCAUCGUUUUAUGUUUUUAAGUUUUUUUCUGCUGUCUGUCUGUCUGUGUUGUCCUCCUGACCACCUCUGGGUUUGUUUUGCUCACCUGUACAGACAAUAAUCAGGUUGUUUUCUCAUGAGGCUUUCACUCCACACCUGUGUAGAUGUUAUUCAACCACAGAAGGAUCAGCUUAAUUACUUCUCUGUUUCUCCUCAUGGGGCGUCAGAGCUGCAGGGUCUUGCCACAGAAACUGGAGUCUUGACCCUCCAGGUUUGAUCAAAGUUCGGUGUCUCCUGUGCAGCUCGUUCCUGAAGGUGUCGGUCGACUUUUGGUUCUUCUGUGGUGACGGUUUGAACAGAGAGAAUAGAAAUGACAUAACCACAGUGCACUGUCUGGCUCAGUUAAUUUUGGCACCCAGCUGUUCUCAGGAGACCGAAAACGAGGCGUCUCUGUGUGUGUGUGUGAGUGUGUGAACACACUUGAACAUCCAGCAGCCAUCCACAGAGACGGACGUUUGAAAGAGGCGAUUUCAACGAACAGGAAGUGAUUGAAAAAAGGUCAAAUUGUCAUCAUGUGAAUAUUUCCAACUAUUCAGCAGUCAAGUUAAAUAUUUCAGUACAUUUCAGGGCCAAGAAACUUAAUUUUUUUAAGUCUAAGUUCCUCUGUUGUUUGUUGGACAUAUUUUUGGCAGCUGGUAUUUGUGUGACAGUUCAACAAAAGUGAGCACAGAUGAGAUUUUAGUACGGUUGUUGUUGGUUGUACUCAGCUGUUUUUCAAAGGUUUGUUCAUCUAUGUGUAAAAAUAUAAAUACCGAGUUUUUUUAAAGACGUCCCUAUAAAGUAAUUUCAACAGUAAUCACAUAGCUUUCCCUCUAACUCAGAAGUCCCUGCAGGUAUAAAGUCGUCCUCAGAGCUGUAUUAUCAGCGUCAUUAAUGUAAUAAAGCUGUCCCCUGUGUCCCUGCAGAUUACCUUGAUAAUGGCAACAAUAAAAUGGCAAUACAGCAAGCAGACAAACUGCUGAAGAAACACAAGGACCUGCACUGUGCCAAGGUGGGUGACUGAGGACAUCCUUGGGUUUGUUUUUAUGAAUCUGUACUUUAUUAAUAUUUACUCCUGAAACAGAUCAUGUCGCUCUUACUAUUAGAAGACGUUUCUCACCAUCUUUGUCUCACUGGAGCUGAUGGAUCAGAGAUUUCAGACACAAACACGUUUCUGGGUUUCUGCAGCAGUUACUGCACAGCGCUCUGCCGUCGCUGCUGCACCUCUGCGCGUCAACAGAGAGGGCUGUCAGGAUAACAGAGAUGUACCUGUACCUAAAAACGAACCUGUUUCAGUACCUCAGCAACAAAAAUGAACACUUAAAGUGUUUAUUUUAUUACCUUUGAUUUCCAAAAAGUCACUAACAUGUAACAGAGUGUCUGUGAUGCAGGCUCGUCAAUGAAGCUGUUGUGAAGCUACGUCAGUAUCCUCUCUAUGAUAACAUGUUAAAUAAUAAAAAUAAUAAUGAUAAUAUUCAUUAAAUAAUAACAAAAAUAAUGAUGAUUAAAAAAAAAUUUAUGAUAAUAGAAGAUAAAAAAUAAUAAUAAAAAUAGUAAGAAGAAGAAGAUGAAUAGAAGAUUAAUAAUAAUAAUAAUUAUUAUUAUUAUAGAAGAUAAUAAAUAAUUAUUAUAAUAAUAGUAGUAAUCAUAAUAGAAGAUUAAUAAUAAUAAUAAUUAUUAUUAUUAUUAUAGAAGAUAAUAAAUAAUUAUAAUAAUAAUAGUAGUAAUCAUAAUAGAAGAUUAAUAAUAAUAAUAGAUGAUAAAUAAUAAUAGUAAUAAUAGAAGAUAAAGAAGAACAAUAAUAAUAAUAGAAGAUAAGUAAUACUAAUGAUAAUGAUGAUUAAAAAAAUAAUAAUGAUAAUAGAAGAUAAAUGAUAAUUAUUAAUUUAGAAGAUAAAUAAUACUUAUGAUGAAAAAUAAUACUCAUGAUAGAUGAUAAAUAUAAAUAUAUAUUAAAUAAUAAUAAUAAUAAUAAUAACGGCCAAGGUUACCAUGGUAACUGUACUGAGUGCCAAAGGAUGGUUGGUAUUAUCGUUAAAUCAUUGUGUCAUUAUGUCAGUGUCAUGGAUCCUCCAUCAGCUGAUGAAAAAAAACAUCUGUCGAUCACAGCAAGAGUGCCACACACACACACACACACGUGUGUGCAGGGCUGUUCUGCCCUGCUGGCUCAGCUGUUACAUUCAGCCAUUGUCCUCCCCAAACAGAAGGAGUGACUCUUCAGCUUCUGUUUCUGAGUAACAAGGAUGUAAAGAGACUCUGGUGUCAGUGACAGAAAGAGCUCAAAGGUGUUGUUGUACCUUUUACACCUGUGUGUGUCUGCAGCUGUUAGCUUCAAUUAAUGCAGUGCAGUUAAACAUGCACAAUCCAUACUGUUCAGUCAACAUGAUGUCAUAGUUCUGUCUUAUACUCCUGCAGUAAACUAAACUAGCUCUCCUAUUGUGUUAAAAGGUCUUCUAUGUGAUUUCAGCUGAAAGUGUCUUAAAGCCUUUAACUGAUGUCUGUUAAACUAAAGUCUCUCUUCUUCACUGUCAGAGUUCAAACACUUUUGCUUUUUAACUCCCUACAGUUUCAUUCUCGUCUCAAGGACACGUCUAACAUUCAAUCAUUUCACUGAUUUUGGCUGCAGAGAAAAAAAUUGAGAAAGAAACACUCGAAAACGCUCAGUCUGAAGGUUUUUUUUUUUUUUUAAUUUUUUUAAUCUGUGUCUCCGAGCAACUGGGAAGGAAAAGCGUGAUAAUUUAAAACGCUCCAAAUAAUUGGGUGUCAAGUAAUGCAAACUCGACCUAAUUCAAACCUGGAUCCAGACAUGGACUUGGCUGUUAAACCCGUGUGAACUCUGUGUUCUUGGACAGUCCGGCAGUCCCCUCUGGUGUGUGUGUUUUUUUUCUUAUUUCCAUCUGCGGCUCGUGAUUAUUCACCGUCUCUCUUCCUCCUUUCAGGUCCUCAAGGCCAUCGGGCUUCAGAGGACUGGGAAGCAGGAUGAAGCUUUCACUUUGGCGCAGGAAGUGGCCACUCUAGAGCCCACUGACGACAACUCUCUGCAGGCUCUGACUAUCCUGUACAGAGAGAUGCACCGCCGUGAGUACACACACACACACACACACACAAAGGCUGGUUAGAAAUCCUGAGAGACUUCCUGUUUGAUCGUUUUUGUGUGUUUUUUUGCAGCUGAGUUGGUCACAAAGCUUUAUGAAGCUGCAGUGAAGAAGGUCCCGCUCAGCGAGGAGUAUCACUCUCACCUCUUCAUGGCGUACGCUCGAGUCGGCGAGUACAAGAAGAUGCAGCAGGUGAGUGAGAUUCAGACACAAACCUGACAGUCAUCAAAGUGAGGAGGAGGAUGAUGUUGACGACUUCAUCUUUGCCUCUUCACAGGCAGGAAUGGCGCUGUACAAAAUCGUCCCCAAGAACCCGUACUACUUCUGGUCUGUUAUGAGUCUGGUGAUGCAGGUAAGAGCAGAAAACUUCCUCCUCAGUUUUUUCUGUGAGUUUUUGUCUCGUCUCUUUGAACUCCUGUUUUUGUUUUUGUGUUUUUUUUCUUCAGGCCAUCUCAGCACAAGACGAGAAACUCUCCCAAACCAUGUUCCUCCCUCUGGCUGAACGGAUGGUGGAGAAGAUGGUCAAAGAGGAGAAAAUUGAAGCAGAAGCAGAGGUGAGAGAGGACCUUCACUCUUAAAUAGGGUUUACUCUCUUAAAAGGAUAUUCCACCAUUUUUUGUCAGAGAUACACAAACCGACCCUGACCUAGGGCUGGGCAAUUUUAUGAUCGUGAUUAUGAUGUUUACAUUUGAAGGCAUCUUCAUUAUCCCUGAGGGGGAGAUGGUUUAUUUUGGGUCUUGCAUAACUGCAGAAACACUCAGGACUGAAACUAGUUCACUGUAUUAUUUAGCGCCCAACCGUUGGGGAUUUUUUUGGGGUCGAUACCGAUUAUUGGGGGGCGGGGGGUCCGAUUUACCACUUAAUCAGCAUAUAUAUAUAUAUAUAUAUAUAUAUAUAUAUAUAUAUAUAUAUAUAUAUAUAUAUAUAUAUAUAUAUAUAUAUAUGCUCUUCAUGUCGACAGGAAGACAGGCUGAACAAACUCGGACAAGAACCCCCCCCCCCGGGAAGGGAAGCGUCUAAACGUCUACAUCCUUAAAACUUUCUAAAAGUGAAACAUGAAAAAACCUUGUUGAACUCGGUCUGUGGAUUCCUCCUCUGGUUUCCUCAUUUAUCCGUCACACGCUCACAGUCUCUCUUCUCAGUCUCUCACAGUUUUUCGAUCUAACGUUUUGCAGGAUAACGUGAGGAGAUAAGUUGUUUUCAGCCAUCAGGAAUUUUUUUUUUUCUUACAAAUUCUCAAAAAUGUCACACAAGCUGUUGAAGUGUGAAAGACUCACUAGAAAUAGAGACAACGCAGGAUGGAGUACGCUCUGUCCUCUUUAAAAUCAGGAUUAUAAAGUCAGAAUUAGUCAAAGUAACUCCUGAUCAAGCUUCUUGUGUGUGUCUGUUUGUGUCGUUGUGUGUGUGUCUGCAGGUGCAGCUGUACUUCAUGAUCCUGGAGCGUUUGGGGAAGUGUGUGGAGGCUCUCGAAGUGAUCCGAGGUCCACUGGGGGGUACGUCUGUGUGUGUUUUAUGAUCCUCGACUUAUGAAAUAUGACCCCCAAUUUCCACCGCAUCCAGAACAGCUGCGAAAAGGUCGUAUCCAUCGAUCGUAGCUGAUUGCAAGCAUUCAAGUUAUUGUGUCAAUUUUCACCGGCUUCUUUCCGUUCCGCUGCAGAUUGACUCCACAGCUGAUCGCAAGAGUUCUAUAUUUUCCGCACAAAAUUCAGCGCAGAUUAACCCGGGCUGGAAAGGGAGUCGGGCACAGACAGAAUAAAACAUCCGGCUUCUUUUCCAAACAAAACACUCCGUGUUUUAGGCAGAUUGUAUUUCACACCAUGCAAUUGGGCGGAGACAAACAAUUGAAAGGUUUUUAGAUGUCAUUUCACCCCGAUGACACCAUGGAUGAGGACACGCUGAUUCUAGAACUCAAGAAGUAGAUUUCCUCCUCUUGGAGAACACAAUCUACUACUUACAAGGUUAACAGCUUGUUAUCGCACGAUUGCACGUAAAUCUGUGGGUUCUUGUGAGUUCGGGCAAUUACUGCUGGCCGUUAUCCACUGAGUAAUUUGCCUCACCAACGGAUCUGGUAGGAAUUGGUGGACGCCGUUAAUGAUGUGGUGGAAAUUGGGGGUGACUGAACCAGGAGCGGUUUCUCAUGGUCUGACACGAGUGUUUCUCACUGAGUGGAUGUGUUCCAGUGUUUUUAUCCCAGACACUAAAUCAAAUCAUCAGAUCUGAUUUUUUUAUUUCUGCUGUUUUCACAGAGAAGCUGACCAGCGAGCUGCAGAGCCGAGAAAGCAAAUGUAUGAUGCUCUACCAGAGACUGCAGCGCUGGCCCGAGUGUAACGCCUUAGCGCACAAGCUGCUCCUCAAAAAGUGAGUCUGACUUUUCUGUACGGCGAUCAUGUGACAGUGAGAUGAUCUGCAGAUGUCAACAGACGUCCUAAUGCUGCGUGUUUCUGUCCACAGUCCUGAUGAUUGGCAGUUCUACCCCUCCUACUUCGACUCUCUCUUUCACCUGAUGGAUCAGUCGUGGAGUCCUCCAGAAGACGGCGAGCAGUAAGUGAAAAGUUCAGAUUUUUCUCACUUUAAUUCAGAUUAGUGACAUUAUUCCUGCAGGAGUGAUAAAGUUUAGUUUCACACACACGUGUUGCUGUUUUUUUUAAGCAGAUCCUUGUUUGCACAUUUCUAUUAAGCUAAAAAUAAUCAACCUCUUGUCUUCUGAGUCAGCUGUCCCAAAACUCCCCUGUGUUCGGAGCUCAUCCGUCACCCUGACAGCUCCUCAUCCCUGCUGAGUCGUCCUCAAGUCUCUGGCGUUCGGCUCUUCACCUCUAAGUUAAACUUUGGAGGGUAAACUUUGAUCCAGCACCAAUCUGAGUCUUCUGUUUCUGCUCUCCUGCAGCUGUUCGGAGGGUUCGGUUCACCACACUGUGGCUGAGGUCGUGAGGUUUGUGGAGGAGAGAAUCAAAGGAGAGGAGGGCAAAGAGUCCCGCUCCCUCAGAGGACCAUUUUUAGCUCGUCUUGAAUUGAUGCACAGACUGAGGGAGCGGGGCUGUUCUGAGGAGAGCAUGCUCGGUAAAAAAACUAGAAAACACGUCUAUGUUUCUUCACUUUUACUCUUUUCUCGAUGCUCUAACGUUUUUCUUCAUCGUGGUUCGAAAAGGCGAGCCUUUAGAGCUCAUGGUCCAGUUCUUUGGGAAGUUUGGAGACAAACCCUGCUGCAUCACCGACCUCAAAAUCUACCUGCACCUUCUCUCUCCGGAUCAGCAUGUCCAGGUAAGUGUUUGAGUCACAGCUCUGACAGAUCUGAAGCUGAAUGCUGGGCCAAGAAUCUCUUCUUCUUUUUCUUCUUCUCGUUUCCUCUCAGUUUAUUAACCGUCUGAGCGAGGCCGUCCCUCUAGGGGAGCAGGGAGACGAGGGAUUUGCCUUUCCAGACGACACCAAAGCGCUUCAGAGGCAUCUGUGCGUGUGUCAGCUGAGCCGAGCGCUCGGCCUGCAUCACGCCCUGGAUGUGGAAGGGAAACUGAGGCUUAUCACCGAGCUGAAGGCGCACUAUCGUCACGGCCUGAAGUUUGGUAGGAACGCUUUCACUGUUUCCGAGAAUAUUGGUUUUUAUCGCUCAUUCAGGAUAAUCAGGAAAGCGUGAAGUCGUGUCGUUUGACUUUUAUGACGUGAGCAGAAAACGAGGCGUGAUAUCAGACGAACUUCAGGCUGAACUUUUUCUCCUGAAAACUAGAAAAACAUUUUAAGUUUGAGCUUGAGAGUUUUACGUAAGAAUCAGGAGAUCAGAAGAGUCAGUUUGAGCUGAAAUCAAGAGUUUAUUAUUUUUGGACAUUUAUAAUAAUAAUCAAUAAUCGAUGAAUGACCUGAUCUCUCUGUGUUCAACAGGGAAGACAGCUCUAAAGACGGAGCUGCAGUUCUCGGACAUGUAUUGUCUCAUGGCAGCUCAUGUCUACACCGACUUGUGGAAGGAGACGGGUGAGUGUUUCGGUCACUGCUCUCUGAUCCGUCUUUGUCUCUUCAGGUCCUCAAACCGUGUUUUUUCUGUGUUUCUGUGGUAGGAGACGAGAACAUGGUCUGGCAGGCUCUGGGAGUCCUGCAGGAAGGUUUGUCUCACAGUCCCUCCAACGCUCAGUUCAAGCUGCUGCUGCUGCUGCUCUACUGUCACCUGGGCGCCUUCGAGCCUGUGGUGGACCUCUACUCCAGCCUGGACGCCAAGCAUGUCCAGCACGACACCAUUGGGUCAGUACAGAACCACUGCCAAACUUGAAUCUCCCAUAUCUGCAGUUUUAAAUGUCCGUAUUUGUGAAUUUCAGGUUUCUGCUGACACGUUACGCCGAGUCCUUGGGUCAGUUCUCUGCGGCCUCCCAGUCCUGUAAUUUCUCCCUCAGGUUUUUCCACUCCAACCAGAAAGAUGUAAGUCCCUCUCUCCUCUCUGUGGUUUCAUCUCUCCACUAACUCCUCACACGUUCAAAUGUCUCCUCUUCCUCUUCCUCCUCCAGACCUCAGAGUACAUCAUCCAGGCGUACAAGUACGGCGCCUUCGAGAAGAUCCCAGAGUUCAUCGCUCUCAGGAACAGGUUGAACCAAUCACUGCACUUUGCUCAGGUCCGCACUGAGCGGAUGCUGCUGGACCUGUUCCUGGAGGCAGACAUGUGAGUCUUAACUCCAAACAGGAUCAGAUCUCUGCAAACCUGCUCUGUGAAAAUAAAGAUGUUAACUUUUUUUUUUUUUUUUAGUGUGCUGAGUCUGGAGGAGAGCGUGAAGGCCAUGUCUCUGUCUGCUGAGGAGGACGACAUCCCCUGGGACAACAUGAGGGAUAACAGAGACCUGACUGUGUUCACCAGCUGGGACCCUAAAGAGAGGUAUGGACUUACAGAGGCAUACGUGGUCGGGUUGAUUAUGAUCUGAUGAUUUAAUCAAGGAAAACUACGAGACGUUUUCAUCCAGAUUUUAGCUUCUACUCAGAAAUACAAGAUUGAAUUUUGAUUUAAACGCUUUUAAUUGGGUGAGGUCGACAUCAUUUAUUCAGCACGUUAAGGGUUAAACCCCCCAGGUAUUAAACCUGGUUUUAGGUACAUUUAGGGUCAGAUUAUUGGUGCUUCAGCUGGAGGAUAAACAUGGAGAAGUUGAGCCAAAGUAAAACGGGCUUGAGGCUGUGAGAGGAAGAACAGCACAGUUGUGAUGCAGUCUUCCUCGUUCUGUCCAAUCAGGAGGCAAGCAGCAGCGUCAUGCUCAACGUAACAUACGGAUACGAACAAAGCUCUCCGUCCUUGCUUCACGUUCUUUUUGUCCGUAUUUCUGCACAUAUCCUUGAAGUUUACAGAUACGGGCCAGACGGAGCAGUACCACUGUAAAACCAUGGGGGUAGUUUUGCUGCUGUCUUUACCAUCUCUAGAGAGAAACGAAGAAGACAAUGGUUGCCUUUUGAGGAUUGUCGUCAAUUUCUCUCAUCAGUACGACUAGAGAAAAGAAUUCUCUGUCCUCCUGACCGACCACCGCCUCCUUCAAUGUAGCCUUCGUUUCUAUCUUCGUUUCUAUCUUCUAUCACUAGCUCCUCCACAGUCACAGUCGUUUAUUUUUGUUUGUUUGACUCCGGCCUGCCCCCUGGUGGAUGUAAUGGUUAAAAUCCAUGCCAAUGUAAAGGACGCAUGGAAGUAUGUGGAAACAUCGUCUGAAACAGAUGCGCACAUUUUCAUAUGUAUGGCAAGCAGAAAUGAGCCUUAAGGCAACUGAGCACAGGACAGGUUUAUGUCCGGAUAACCAGAAUACAAAGAGAUAGAGCAGUCGAGUCCAGGCCUCAUGAAUCUAAUGAUGACGUCUACGUCUUCAGGAGGGACAUGGUUUUAUUUUAGUCCAGACUGAACGACAGAACAAAACUAAUGAACAAAAAAACUGUUGAGAGAAAAGUGAACAUUUGAGACGAGGAAAUUGAAAGUGGUUGAGAAAGUUUAUUCUAAUUCAUAACAAGAAAUUUGAGCAGUGGACAGUUUACAUGGCAGGUAAAAUUGUACAUAAAAUAACAAAAAUGCAAAGAUUGAGAAAAUAGGAUGGGGCCCAAAACAAAGCCCUGAGGGAUGCCACAAGUAAGUAGCUGAGGUUGUUUUUAACCUGAAAACAUUUUCAAGCCGUGUGAUUUCUACGUACGCUACAAAAGAGGAUUAAGGAGGAGAUUUAAAAAAUCAAAAUUAUGUCAAUUAAAUAGAAUUUUUGAUUUUUUUUCACUUCGCCUUAAAUCUCAAAAGGGAAAUCAAAAAAAUCUCCCUCCUGUAAUUAUUAUUAUUUUUCUUCUUCUUCUUACGUAGUGAACACAAACUCUUUAUUUAUUUCUUGUUUUACAAAAAUACGUUUUGUAAAAUUAAAACCCAGAAUGAGGAAACAAACUCCAAUGUUUAACUGUGUUUUUCUUCUUCUUUUCUCAGAGAGUUAACAGAGGAGCACCGGCGUCAGUCUCUGGAGGAGGAGUCGGUCUGGCUGAGGAUACGUUCCCUCACGCUCCGCCUCCUCGCCUCUUUAGCUUCUCUGGGACACUCGCCAUCGCAACAAAACUCUGAGAAUUCAAACGAGAACGGAGUCGCAGACAAGACGUCGAUCAUCAACAGCCUGCUGACACAGCUCAACCAGACGCUGCAGACGGGCGCUCAGUUAGCAGAGAAACACGUACAGGUGAGUUCAGACACAAGAGCGCCAUCGUGUAUUUGAAUUAUUCUGUAAAGAUGUCAUAACGGACUUCUAUCCCCGUGUUUUUUUCUGCAGUAUCCAUUCCUCGGACCCCCCUCCACCCGCCUGGCCUCGGCUCUGUCCAGUGGGAGCUGUCAGUGUCAGGCUGCAGCCUUCCAGCUGUCCGUUCACCUGCAGGAGCUGGAGACUGUCGGUCUAGGUGAGAGCCGAUGAAGAGUCCGCUCCUCUGUGUCUUUAAAUCAAUUUCUCAAACCCAGUUCUCGGUUUUGUCUCCACAGACGAGUCGUCAGAGCUUCAAACCCAGAUCUGUAACACCUUCAAAUCUUUAGUAGUUCAGCUUCAAGGUGAGUCAGAGGUCACAUUUCCACGUCAGAAGUUUCUUCGUUUUUUGUGCCCUCUGACUCGCCUUAUGUCCCUCUCUAAUUGUCCACAGAAAUCCUGAAUAAAUGCAAAGGAGAUUUAUUGGAAAUGAACGAGAGCAAAUUAAAAACACAGCCCAGCUUAUUAGAAAACCUCAUCUUCUUUGUGGAGGUGAGACUCUCUGCUUCCACACUUCAGAAAAGACACAAUUCUUCUACCUGACGGACUGACUUUGUCAUUUUGAAUCUAUUUCAGACGAUGUGCAUAGCUAUGUGGAUGGCAAGUAACUGUGCCAAGAUCCUCCGACCGCUGAAGACGAGUCUACAGAAGAAGAAGAAGAAGAAAAAGGAUGCUAACACAGCUCUGGUAUGGCUCUCAUACCUCAAAUCUCUCACUUUUCUUGAAACUCUCUGCUGAUGAUUGGUGUCACUUUCAGCCGGCGGUGGUUUGCGGGUUCCAGGAGCUGACGGGGAGCUUGCAGGACCUGCUCGCCCAGAGUGUGGAGCACAUAAAGGGGCAGGAGACCAGCAUAACCGCCCUGAAACUGGCCAGUUUAAGUUUGGAAGGAUUCCCACAGGUCAGUGUUCAGACAUGUCAGCAGAUCCUUGAACCGUCGCCGAUAAAUCACCAAAGUUUCUGUUAGGGCUGGACGAUAUGGCCUCAAAUCAGUAUCACGAUAUAUUGAUCAUUUCAUCUCGAUAACGAUAAAUGGAUAACUACUCCACAAGUAUUUUUUUUUUUAUAUUCAACAACUUUUUCAGAGUUUUCUUUGUCCUUAUAUAUCAACUUUUUUAAAACAUGUUACUGGGAUCAAAUUUAAAAUGAGCUUUUACUUUUCACAGAGGAAUAAAAGUUUAAACAUUUGAAAUGUUUUCAAUACAAUAUUUUAUCAACAUUUUACAAAGUCUGACAAAUUUUCUCUGCUUUUAACCUCAUCACUUUUAGGUUUAUUUACUUUUAUGACUAUUUGUUAGGGCUGGGCGAUUUGGCCUCAAAUCAGUAUCACGAUAUAUUGAUCAGUUCACCUCGAUAACCGUAAAUAAACGAUAACUACUCCACAAGCUGCUCACCACCUCCCACAUUAACACUGUCUACUUCUGAUGCCGCUCCAGCUGCUACAACUUUGGAACCGUCCUCCAUCUCCUCACCUGUCUUUCCCUCUUUGUUACGGACUGGAUGGGGUGGAGUCACGUCUGUGAAGUAGGACAGCAUAUUAAAAGGACAUGAGACCAUAGCCUACCUACACACAUCCAAAAAUAACUUCUAUUUUUUUACUUUUUUGACCGAUAUGGGCAAAAUGACGUCAGUUAUUGUCGUAAAUUUCGGUAUUGGUAAUUUUACCAGCCCUACUUAUAUCUGAUACAGAGUUUGUUUUUCUGAUAUGAAUAGUUCUCCUAUCGACUCAGACUACUGAUUCUAGUAAUAUUAACUCUUUAUUUUCUUAUGUACCAAUUUUAUGCUCACAUUACAACCUUAUUCUUAAAAUCUGAAUGUUAUUUUUCUACCUUGAUAUCUGUCUAAUACUCCAUCGCUCCUCUUCAAUUGAGUAGACUUUUAUGUUUUUUUCUCAAAUUUCAAACAUAGAGACUUAUUUUUUUGACACAGUAUAUAUCGAUAUGGGCAAAAUGAUGUUGGUUAUUGUCAUAAAUUUCGGUAUCAGUAAAUUAUCGGUGUAUCGUCCAGCCCUACAUCAUUGUCAAAUAAAGCACUGUGAAAUGCCAUCUUUGUACUAAGUUAAAUCACACCUCAUGGUAUCAGACCUUUCUGUGUUACGCCUUAUAGAGCUGUGUUGUUUUUGAUCUUAGUAUCAGGAUUAGACUUGUCAUAAAUUUUGGUUGCGGUAAAUUUUCGGUAUAUCGCCCAGCCCUAGUUUUUGUUCUGGUUCGAGCUCCAGUGAUCCUAAAGUCCCCUCUUUGUGCCUUAUAUGUGUUUAUGUGUGUUUAUGUGUGUGUGUGUUUCAGGAUGAAGCAUCGUUUAUGAAGGCUGCUAUGGACAAGGUGCAGAGCAGUUACCUGCGCUCUCUACAGGAGGUGGGAGAUCUGCUGAAGAAGAGAGCAGAGACUAUAAAGAACCUCAAGAUCUGAACACACACACACUCACACACUGAAAUAAAGACGACUGUACUCCCCUUCACACACACACACACACACACACACCUCCUCCAUCAGCCCCUCCUCACCGUCUGUCAGCCCACCAGCUAACCCCGUGUCCCCCUGACUCCACCUGCCUGAGCACACAGUGGUUACUGACCUCCUCCUCUUCCUCGCUCUCCUGCAUCACUCGGCGUUUGUUCGUCUCCGCCUCUUUUUUCUUUUUUUUAUUUCCUCAACAAACACCUCUGGAACAUUUGCAACUCUAUAGCACACGAGCUUGUAAAGUCAAAUCAUGAGUUUCUACAGCAGAUCGAAGCAAAAACCGACGACGAAGACACGCCUCCUUUUAAAAAGAAGACGAUAAAGUUAGAGCGAAUUAGGAAGGAGACGGAACAAGAAGAAAAUGCCGUUUUAGAGAAACUAAUCGAAUAAAUUAUUGUACAUAGAAAAAGAGCAACGCCUUCAGCUACUCCAGAAUAUAAUAAACCACUCUUCAGUUGGUUCUGUUUCUGCCCUGACUUUGUUCUUCUGAGGACGAUCUCUCAUACACACACACACACAGACGUCAGGACUGUUAACACUAAAGGAGGAAGACUCUGUGCUGCUUCGUCUCAAACCGAACAGCUGAUGGAGACAGACGUGGACCCCCAGCUCCCUGCAGACUGAGGAACCGUUUCCUCUUCUCCUGUUUUUGUUUUCUUUUUUUUUUUGCUUUGUGUGUUGAACUGAAAGUGGACCCCCUCCUUCCUGUAGUUGCAGUAUUAUAAAGAGCAGUGGUGGGCGGAGUCAAAAACAGGACUUUUCUUUUUUUUUUCUUAAGAAAUCUGAACUUUCUGCAGCUUUUUUUGUUGUUUUCUUUAUUUCAGUAGAAGUGCUGCUGCUUGUAAACGUGUCUGACGUGGAGUCAGGUUGUUCUAGCUCAAACACAAAUCACCCAGGACGAACUCCAAGUUAUUUCAAAGAUUGUCUGUGCUCAUAGAGGGGGGAGAGAGUGUUUUAUUUUCAGCCUGGACUCGAUUUUUUACACUUUUUCAGAUGUUUUGUCGCAGAAAAUGGUUUUAAAAUCACUCCAGCUGAUCCUCUGAAAGGGUCUCUUUGUCCUCGAACAGGCUCUGACUGUUUUAUAAAUCCUAACAUCGUUGUUUGAUCAGCAGAGUUACUCUCCACCAAACUUUAUUCAAAAAAAGUGUGAUUUCACUCCAAAGAUAACAGGAGCAGUUCGCCUCUUCAUUUCCUGCUUUAUUAGGUUUUCUGUGUUAAAACAUGCAGCACAAAUACAGAUUUAAAUCAUGACACAAUAACACAGUAGCACAAAAACGACCCAUCGCAGUUGCAGCAGCUCCUGUCCUCUGCUGCUUAAAUUAGUGUUUUUGUCAAUGGAGUUUGGUGGCUUUGUGUAACAGCUGAUUAACAUUUUUAAUCACAGUCUGAGCCUGUUUGUGUCAGAAUGAUGUAAAGAGAUGAUCUACCGGAGUGAUCCCAAAGUUUCCCAGUUUAUGAGGCAUUUAGCAGAUUUAAAGGAAUAUUCUGUCAAAAUGAAACUGGAGCUGAUUUUCUGCAGCUCGCUGAAGUUUGAAAAUGUAGGAAUCACAUUCAAGUGGAAAGUGAUUUUUUUUUUUGCUGUUUUCAGCUCCUAAAAUGUCAAAACUUGUUUUUUUUAGUUUACUUCUAAUGAGAGAAGAGUCUGAGUUUUGGACAAAAUUAACUUUCCUUUCCACACAAAUUCUUUUAACUGACUCAAACAUUCAAUUUCGAUGAAAACGACCCUUUAUCAACAUACUUCUGUCGAGCCCAUUUCUAACAGUAAAAAACUUCUGAAAAAGAGACUUGGUCAGGAUGAAAAUAGAAAUCAAAAAAGUUAAAUUAUAAGUUUGAGACAAAAAAAUCAUAUUUAUGGAAGAAGGCAUCAAAAUUAUGAGAGAAAUUUAUAAACAUGAGACAAAAUGUUGAAAAUAGGAGAUGGAAAAAAGAGAAAAAUGUGGGAUAAAAGGUCUAAACUGUGAGAUUGACAAAACUAUGGGAUAAAAAAAAAGACGAAUAAAUUUUUCUUAUAUUUCAAGACUCAAAUUAUGAACUAAAAAGUCAAAUAAUCAGAUACUUUAAUAACUUUCAGACCUUAUAGUUAUGAUCUAUUACCAUUUUCUUACUUUUAUUUCAUAACUUAACUUGUAUGUAAUUAUUUGAACUUUUUUUGAACUUCCGACAUAAUUUUAAUUUAUUAUCUUAUAAUUUCAUUCUUUUUCUCAUUGUUUUCACCUUAUUUCUUCCAAUUAUGACUUUCUAGCUCUUAAUUUUGACCUUUCGUUGUAUAGAUGUGAGUUUAAAACAGAUCAGUUUGACUUUUUUUCUCAUUAUGACCUCAACUGACUUUUUAGAAAUGUCAAAAUUAUAGAAUUGGCUGAACUUUCAUGGUUAUAUUUUUAUUUUGGAUUUUUUAUCUCACUAUUUUGAAUUUUUCAGUCCCACUGUCUCAUAAUAACUCAUGUAAAUUUCAUGUUCUUCAUCUAGACUCAAUCUUUGCUCUCUUGUUUUUUUUCACUUCAUUAUGAUCGUGUGGUUUCACGGUUACUCAGAGUAGAAAGAGGCUUUUGGAGGAUCUGAUCUGGUUUUACAGACUCUUCCCAAAGUCUCUGCUCAAACUCAGACCUGAACCUGACAGUAGAUCAUCUGAGCUGCAGCAGAAACUCAAAGAUUUGUCUCCUGCUCAUGUUUUUGGUUUUGGUUCAGACUCCUCCCCCUCAGCUGAGCUCAUUAUUUAUCUGAGAUGGUGAACAUUUUAGAGACGAGACUGAGCAGACAGUUUACAGUAUCACAGGCGAGCACUGAUGGAUGGCUGCAGAGCGCGUGCAGACGGGCUUUUUUGUUUUAUUGGUUCAUUUGGCGACACAAUGUGAAGCUGUGAGUAACGGUGAAUCCUCGCUCUCCUGUCAGUCUUGUAUGCAGUCACACACAUCUGCUAAAAAUAAUAAUAAUAAAUGCUGUUUUUUGUUGUUUUUUCCCCCUUUUUGAAGACUUAGUUUACUCAUCUGUUUGAAUGGACCCACACAGAAGAUGUUUGUGAUCUGACUUCAUGUGUUGUCGUCGUCGUUGUUGAGGUUCAGAUUAAUGGUUGACAAUCUGGAGCGUCAUCUCACCACCCUCUUUUGUUAGAAAAUGGAAAACAGAAACACUGGAAUGUCAAAGCUUUUUUAAAUAAAAUCUGUAAAUGUGAGAGUCGGCUGGUGGAACAACAGAAUCUUCUUCAUUUUCUUUGGCUUUUCAAAGUGAAACUGCUGCAAUAAAAACGGCACAUUUACAGGAAGUUAUCUGAGCCUGAGCACAGAGUGGUUUCUAAAAUACACCGAGAUGCAUUUCAAUAAAAGGGAAGAAGAGCCAGAGAUACAGAGUGGACCUUCAUCACAAAGCUGGGGAUUUACUCUGCAAGAAAAACAGGAUCAUGUCCUGUUAAAAUUGAAUAAUGAACACAUUAUUGGGAAUUAAAUGGCACAGACACCGCUCCCAGAGAGUUUUAAAUAUCUGUAGAAACAGAAAUUCUGCGUCUAGUUUUAGAUGUUUAGAAAUAAAGGAACCAUACAACCCACACUAAUUCAUUCUUGGAAAUGUACGUGCAAAAGGUUUGCGGUGGGGUAUUUGUGCAGAGUAUUUGUGUUAUUUGCACUUGAAGCGAUUGUGAUCCAAAGACUGUGAACCGUAUAAAAAGUAUAAUCGAAAG